CGUCAUCGGAAAUUGUGUGUUUACACAAUCGUCAAGGAAAAAGUAUAAUUUUUUAGUGAUAAAAAUUCAACUUUAAAAUGCCAUCAGAAACAGUUAAUAUAAAAAGUAUUGCUCGAUGUCGACCUUUAACCCAGGAUGAAAUUGACAAGGGCUGUAAAUCUGUUGUCAGAUUGACAGCAGGUAAAUUAGUUGUAGAUGCAGCAGGAAAGGAAAGUAGCUAUGGACUGGAUGGUGUGUUUGGACCUGAGACCAAUAAUUCUGUGAUAUAUAAAGACAAGUGUGAUGCUUUAUUACAUCGAGCAUUAGAAGGAUAUAAUGUAGCUCUAUUAGGUUUUGGUGCUACUGGAGCCGGGAAGAGCUACUUGAUGGUUGGUAAUAGUCAAGAUCCUGGAAUUAUUCCACAGUUACUUGAUAACAUGUAUCAUCAAAUUGGGCAAAAAUCUAACAAAGAAUUUUUCGUAACUGUCUCAUAUUUAGAAGUUUUAGAUGAGACUAUGACUGAUCUAUUAAAUCCACACAGUGAUGAAAUGACAAUCAAACAACAUCCAUAUAAGGGCAUAUAUGUUGAUGGUUUAGCUGAAAUGGUCUGUCACAAUCAGGAUGAAAUAAAGAUGUAUUUUAAUCAAGGAACUAGAGCUAGAAAAAUGGGAGCCAGUGAUAUGAAAGCCCACAGAACAAGAGCACAUGCUGUAUUUAGUAUAAAUAUUGAACAGAAAGAAAGACAAUCAAGUAAAGUUGGUGUUAGAUCAUCUAUCAUAUUGGCUGAUUUAGCAGGUUGUGAAUCAGGCUCUAGUAGUACAGAUCCAAAUGUUGUGGUUGGAACUCAAGGACUAUUGAAUGUAAUCAGUGCAUUGGGUGACUCCAAGAAAAAGGGCGGCCAUGUUCCCUUUAGAGAAUCUAAAAUAACUCGAAUCCUUCAGGAUGUGUUAUCUGGUAAUACUAUAACUAUGUUGUUGGUUACAGUCUCGCCAGCAGAUAAAUACUAUCAGCAAACUUUAUCAACAUUAGAAUAUGCUCAGAUGGUCCAUAAUAUUAAAAAUAAAGUUAAACUCAAUCUGGAUGAGACAAAUGAUGUGGUGAAUGAAUUAAGAAAUGAAAUCUGUAAAUUAAGAGAUAAAAUUGCGGCUGCUAACAAUCCUAACAGAGAUGAUGUUGCCAAGAUGGAGGACCUCGUACAAGAUUUACAGGUGGCUAAAAAACUGAGUUGGUCUGAAAGAGAAAGAAUGUCCGCUAAAUAUGACGAAGAAAGAAAAAUUAACUUGGCUAAAAAGGGUAUAUUAGAAUGGGUUAUGGACAGUAUGAAACAAGGGAAUUUAGAAUUACAAGAAAAACUGCUACUUUUACAGAAAGAAAAAGAUCAGUUAACCAUUCAGUACAAGGACAAACGUAAAAUAGUGGAUGAAUUAAAGGAUGAAUUACAGAAGAAAAUUACAGAUUAUUCUAAAUUUAUUGAAACUGGAAAGAAGAGUGAAUCUGAAACCAAGUCUCGAGUUAACAGUAUUAGAGAUAUUAAAGAUAAAUUAAAACAAGAAACAGAGAAAUUAAAAGAUAUAAAACAACAAUUAAAAACAAUUCAAGAAAAACAACAACAGGAAAGAGAGGAUGCCAAGGCUCAAACAACAGCGCUUAAAGGAAAUACUAAGCUGAGACAGAAAGUUGAACUUGAAGAAAGACAGAGAAUGGAACAGGAACAUAAAACAUUGCUAGAAGAUGAACUUGAGAAAUGUAAAAUGGAGAUUGAUAGUGAAAAAGCUGAAAUACAGUUAUUGGUAGCAGAAGGUAAAACUUACAGUAAAGAAGAUGGUGCUAAGUUAGAAAUGGAUUUGGCAGAACUUCGUGCUGAAAAAUCUGUUGUUACUCUGAAGUUACAAUGUCUAGAGAAAGAAAGAGAUCAUGUAAGUAAAGAAUUAGACGAAGUUUAUCAACUACAUAAAGAUGAAAUGGAGCUUCAACAAUUACAACAUUAUCAGACAUUUCGACAGUAUAGACAGAUGUUUGAAGAACAGAAGGCAGCCAUUGAACAACGAUAUCGUCAUGUAUUAGAAGAUGCUAUACAAGAUGCCGUCUUUCUGUCGGCCAGAAACCAGGAAAUAUUACAAGAACAACAACCACUUAAACAACAAAAUGCAGAAAUGAUGGAUGUUAUUACAAAGCUUGGAGGAAGAAUCCCAAAACUACAGAAUUAAUGAAAUUAUAUCUGAUUGUUAUUUGUGAUAUUUUGAACUGUGAUAGAUGUUAUUUAAUAUAUCUUAUACCAAAUCAAAAACCAAUCCACAUUCCAUAUGCAUUUAAUUAUUAAAUCAAAAUAGUUUGUAUAGUUAUUAUCAGGCAUGGAAAUGAUGAUUUUAGUAGAACUAGUGCCUGACAUUUUGAACUUUGCGUAUUAAUCCUUUAGCACUUGGUAAAUUUAAAUAUUGAACGUGACUGGGUGGUCUAUUUACUAGUUCGUGCAGGUGCACGAGAGCUGUGAACGUGACUGGGGGCUCUAUUGACCAGUUCAUGCAGACACAAGACCAGUGAACGUGACUGGGUGGUCUAUUUACUAGUUCGUGCAGGUGCGAGAGCUGUUAAGUGACUAGGCGAUCUAUUUACCAGUCUAUGCGGACACGAGACCUGUGAACGUGACUGGGUGGUCUAUUUAAUAGUUCGUGCGUGUGCGGACGCAAGAGCUGUGAACAUGGCUGGGCGAUCCAUGGAUCCCUAGCUAGAGCGAUCUAAGUGCUAAAGGGUUAAAAUAUCAAUAAAAACACAGAAAAAAGACAAAUUUGAGCCAGUCAAGAUGACAGGCACCAGAAGGAUUGUGCCUGAAAUAAUGCCUGAAAAUGUCUGUGACAGGUGCCUUAUUUCCAUGCUUGUUUAUCAUGGAUUUUUAUUCUUUGACAUGGUUGUUUUUAUAUACUGUGGAGUUCUCUUAUCCAGUGAUUUAUUUGUUGGGUUCUGUUAUGAUAGACCAUCUUGAUGAUACACACUACAUGUUGCCUACACAACAAUACAACAAUGUCAUGAUGCAUAUUUUAUUUAUUUAAACCAGAAGAAAAUGAGGGGUUUCUACCUACAUAUAAGCAAUAUUGUUUUUCUCAGGAAUGACACAGACAUUUCUCCAAUUUGGAUAGAAGAUGUCUUACAUAUAAUUUCUCCUUGUGUCAUUAUUUGUAUCCUCAAAGUAAACUUUUUGUAUCUUCAAAGUAAAUCAUUUGUAUCUUCAAAGUAAAUCAUUUGUUUCUUCAAAGUAAGCCAGUCAUUUGUAUCUUAAAAGUUAACCAGUCAUUUGUAUCGUCAAAGUUAACCAUUUGUAUCUUCAAAGUAAGUUAAAGAUUUAUUGAAUAAGUUAACCGUUUGUAUCUUCAAAAUAAGCCAUUGGAUCUUCAAAGUAAGUCAUUGUCUAGUUUGUUUAAUCUAUCUAUGUUAAAUUUUUAUAUGGGAAAUUGUGUAUAAUUAAUAUUUUGUUCUAUUUUGUUCUACAUUUAUGAUCUAUAUUAUACAUGAUUAAUAUAUCCGUCCUUUAAACUUGAUUUAUUUUAUAAAUAAUUGAUAUAAUAUAUAAUUUAAUAUAAUUAAACUUAAACUAUAAAUAAUAUAUCCGUCCUUUCAAUUUGAUCUUUAUUAUGAAUUUUGAUAAAAUAAUUUAAUGCAAAUAACGUCAUUAAUUUAUGAAAGCUAUAUUGAAUGCUAAGUUCUCUUUAAAGCCAGUGAUUGUCAUUUUAAUGAAGUCUAUUUUUUCACUGCUUAAUCCAGGCUAAAAUGAAAUUAAAUUGAUUGUCUGAUAUUUAAUUAAGAUACUGUUAUUUUAUUGUGCUGCAAUAUUUUUUUUUACCUGUUAUACACUUGUAUGUUUGUAACU